AAAUUCCAAGCACAUGUCGAGGACGAGGAGGGCCUCUUUGACCGGAGGCGGGGAGGCCGCUGCUCAAACCCUCGCCCCGCCAGAGCCAGAGCCAGAGUGGCCGGCUAGCUACCGCGUUAUCUUCUUCCUUUGCCCGCUCCUCCUCCGCGUUCCUCGGCUCCGAAUCCGGCCGGCGCCCGCGCCCGGCGGCAGCCAUGGCGUGCUCCGCCCAUCUCCUCUCGCAGAGCCUGUGCCAACCCCACCGCUCCUGCCCGGCCCCGUCCAAGCGGCACCUCCGGUUCCAGGCCAGACCCGCGGCCGCGGCUUCCGCCGGCGUCAGCUCCAGCGCCAGGAGCCGACGGUCUUCUAGUAUAAGAGUCGCCGCGUCGGCCGAGCAAGGGAGGAAGAAAAUCGAGCUUACGUAUGACGCACAAGCCAAGUUUAACCAGCUAGCCGACCAAAUUGACAAGGAUGUGGGGAUUACACGGCUCAACCUGUUCUCACCUUGCAAAAUUAAUGUCUUCUUGAGGAUAACCGGGAAGAGACCAGAUGGGUUCCAUGACCUGGCUUCUCUGUUUCACGUGGUUAGUUUGGGUGAUACUAUCAAAUUCUCACUGUCGCCAAGUAAGAGCAAAGAUCGGCUAUCAACCAAUGUUGCAGGUGUCCCAGUUGAUGAGAGUAACUUGAUCAUCAGGGCACUUGAUCUGUACCGCAAGAAAACUGGCACCGAUAAGCACUUUUGGAUACAUCUUGAUAAGAAGGUCCCAACUGGUGCUGGUCUUGGUGGAGGAAGCAGUAAUGCUGCAACUGCACUAUGGGCUGCUAACCAGUUUAGUGGUAGCAUUGCUUCAGAAAAAGAUCUUCAAGAAUGGUCUGGUGAGAUUGGAUCAGAUAUCCCCUUCUUCUUUUCACGAGGAGCAGCAUAUUGUACCGGUAGAGGAGAGAUUGUCCAAGAUAUUCCAAACCUGUUGCCAGAGAAUCUGCCAAUGGUUCUAAUAAAGCCACCUGAAGCAUGCUCAACCGCUGAAGUUUACAAGCGACUCCGGUUAGAUCAGACUAGUCAAGCUGAUCCUUUGGCUUUGCUCAAGGAAAUUACGCAAAAUGGGAUAUCACAAGAUGUCUGUGUAAAUGAUCUAGAGCCUCCAGCUUUUGAGGUGUUGCAGUCACUAAAGAAGUUGAAGAAACGAUUUAUUGCAUCCAAUAGGGGAGAUUACAGUGCUGUUUUUAUGUCAGGAAGUGGAAGCACGAUUGUCGGAAUUGGUUCCCCAGACCCACCUGCGUUUGUGUAUGACGAUGAAGACUACAAGGACGUUUUUGUGUCAGAGGCUCGCUUUCUCACUCGCGAGGAGAAUGAAUGGUACAGGGAACCAAUGUCAUCGAGUGCCACGUUUAGCAAGGAAGACUCACUGUCAGAGGCAGCACCGGUCGUUGACUGACUGAGUGAGGCUCUGUAUUUGGUCUCAGUUUUGUGGUUGUGGUACACAGGUGUGAAUUUGUUCCAAUCCAUGCUGACAUGAGAAGAACAGCUACACUAUCAAGUUUGUUGAUAAGAAAAAUCGAAUUUGUAAUGGGAAACGGCAACGAAAUUAAGCAAAUCCUGGAAUUAA